GCUGACUAUAUUGUAUCGUGACUGCCAUGUGUUGUGCUCCUCAAGCUAGGGUGGGAGUUAGCUAUAUUUAUAUGUGCUCAGCAGGUUAUUUUGCCCAACAGUAGUAAAUUCAACUCAAGAAUCUUUGUAUAAACCCUCCCAAUGACACUGAUCUAAUACCACUAAUAUGUAACGUAACGUCUGACUGGUAAGAGUCGUCCCUCCAGAGGUGCCUGUUGCGCCAGCGGUGCACCCAAUUAGUGUGGCGAAGAUUUAGAGAAUUUGUGCGAUGUGAUUAUGGUGACCAAUAUUGCGAUUUACGAUGCUAUAUAUAAAAAGGAAUUAUGAUUGUACUGGCUUGGUUUUCAAGGAAAAUGUGAGAAUUUAUAGUUUUAAAACCUCUAUGUCUCAAUUUAAAACAUACACAUAUAAAUAAUCGAAAUAUGAAUGUAUAAAAGCUUGUACUAUAGGCUAAUGCCUUUAAUGUGUGAAAGCCUUUAAAAAUGUGUGAAAGUGAUUCCACAGUGAUAAUGCCCUUUUGUCCUGUCUCUAAAUUUCUUUAUUUAUAACAUGCACUUCAUUUGCUGUUUAACAAUGCUAAAUGUAUUGUUUAUAACCAACAAUUUCUUGUGUGAUUUUGGACACCAAUAACAUUAAUAUAGCCCUCUGGUGCAUUCAUUUUGAUGCAUCAACUUCUGUCAGUAACCAUCAUUUUCCGUUGUGUGUCCUGAUAAUUCACCGAUGACAAAGGAUAGUAGUAUGCCAAAACUGGGUAAUACAUGUCUAGUUCAUACCAUUGUACAAAAGUUAACAUGUUAAAUUUUCCUACAAGGUUUGACUUGUAUAUUCUAUUUUUUAUCCUAUUUUGCAGUUAGUAAUAUCGAAAAUAUUCAACCACAUAAAGUGCAAUGGAAGAAAAGGUCGGAAGAGCUGCAGUCCCGAAUCAAUGAGCUGGAGGAGGAGAAUGCUUUGCUCAAGCAGCAGCUUGAGCAAAGGCCUUCAGCAAAUCAAGGUUAGUAAAGCUGGAGUAAAGUUUUACUUAAGGACUUUCAAGAAUGUAUGUGGCUUCACUAGAAUUUUACAACAAUAUACCACAACAAUAUUGGGGUUCACCCAUCGCAUGAGGGUCACUCUAUGUCACAACGUCUGAUAGACAUAUGAGCAUAUGAGCUCACAUCGUGUAGCGACAGUACGUUUAGACUUUGUCUCAAUCCGUUUUUCAAGGAAAUCAUGUCAUUCAGAUCUUCCUGAGUGGAAGCUAGCUUAACCCCACCUCCUUUACAGCCACCCCCUUCCCGACUAUCAGCCGUCAGAACCUUGGUCAGAACGUAUUUUUCGAAAUUGUGCAGUGGGAGAAGUUAUGCUGAGACAGGGGGUAAAGUUGUACUUUAAGGUUGUUUUAAGUUUUAUUUUUCUGCUUUUUGUAAUUUCUCAGGUGAGAAAAUGGACAACACUGCCACCGACCCAGAGUCAGACACUGACUGGAGUUCCAACUCCAGCACUGACUCCACCGAUUCCAGGAGCAGUGAUACAAGCUCUUCCUCCUCUGAUGGCCGCAAGAAAAAGAGGAAGCACAAAAAGAAAAACAAAAAGGCUUCAAAGAACAAAGGACUUCGAGUGACAACAAUAUCGGAUGUUGUUAAAAGGUACCGCCGGGUCCUUAAACUAAUUCAAAAAGGACGCAAGAUGUCGAGGGCAUUCCUGAAGGCACGCGUUUCUAGAAACGCAGUUAAAGACACCGCAGCAAUAGCGGAGCUCUACAUUGCAGAGAGGAGUGUCCUGGAUGGAAUCAAAGGCGAACAGAGGCUCCUUCAUUUAGCAAAGCUCUGCCAGUCCAAAAUUGUUGGAGAACUUGCACUUAAAAUUGAAGACCUGAAGAGGAAAAAAAAACUAAUACCAUCCUCCAAAAAGGGUUAAAGGGACAGGGGUGAAAGGAGAGAGUUUUUUUAAUUAAAGGAUAAAUCCUGUGUAAAAUGGAUCUGGGAUAUGUUUAAUAUGAUAAUGAGAUGGGAUGUUCAUUUGGGAGCAAAAAAGCACAUGCAGACGCAUUCUUAAGUUGGCUGUUUUUAGCCGAUUCUACCAA